UGCUCUCCACUUCCUCUCCCCUCCAUUGCAGAGGAGGGGAAAACCCCAACUCCACCACCCAACCACCCACCACUUCCACCACCUCCGCGCCGCCUCCUUCGGAUACUUUUGCUGCUCGGCCCGCGCGUCCACUCUUCCUAGUCCUUCGCAGCUGCUACUCCACAGCCGUACUGCACACAACUUGGGUUCCAACCAAACCAAACUGCCUUCUCGGUUGCAUCGCUCGCGCCGUCGCUUCCGCAACUUCGCAUUUCCGAUCGGAGCUAGCUAAUCUUCUCCUUUAUGAACCAAUUGUCAGCACAACAAUGGGCGGCGAAAGUGGCUUGAUUGGUCGGCUGCAGGAGAGUGAUAGCAUGAGUGCUGCUGCUGGUUAUGAAGAAGGCAGUGAGGAAGAAGAACCAUAUGAAUAUGAAUUCUAUGGUGACGAUGAUGAUGAGCCACAGGAUGUGGAGCACUGUGAUGGUACUGCUCUGCCUGAAGAUGAGGGUUCUAGUGAUUUCAAACUAGAGCUUUGCAGUGAUGAAGGCGGCGGCAAGUGUGGCUCAUCUCAUCCAGUUGGCAGGAAGCAGCUGUAUGAGGCUAAGCCAUGUCAUGGUCUGAUGGCUGACGAAGAUGAAUUUGUUGAGAAGAAGUCCAACUAUUUGCAACCUUUGGAACAGGGACAAAGUAAGAAAGAGCUGAAACAAGUGCUAAGGCACAGCAACUCUGUGCAGAAGGAGGUAUCAGUGCCCAAAGAAAAGGAAAUAGUGCCGUUCAAAAAACGGUUAUCUGUCAAGUUUGCUGCUGAUGUAUCUUGUUAUACAUACAGUACUGAAAGUUUUGCCGCUGCUACCUUAGAGAAAAGGAAAGCUCAAUCUGAUGACCAGGACAAGCACCUGUGUAAGAGACAAGAACACUCAUUUUCCUCACCCCAUGAUGGGGAAAAGCUGAAAGAAUGGGAUGACACUAAUUUGUUUGUAGGUAACCUACCACCUUCCGUGGCUUCUCACAAGCUCAUCGGACUAUUUCUACCAUUUGGAAGAAUUGUUAGAUCAAGAGUUGUGGAUGAUUGUUUCACUGGUGUGAGCAAGGGAUAUGGCUUUGUGAAGUAUGCUGAUCCCCGUUGUGCUGCUGAAGCUAUUAAAUGCAUGAAUGGACGCAUGAUCGAGGGGAAAAUGCUAGUGGUCAGAGUGGCUAAUGCUUCAUCAUCAGGAUCCAAUCCAUCUGUUCAUGCUUUAUCAGAGACUGCUCAUCCGCCAACAAAAGAAAUGGACACAAGUAACCUGUUUGUCCGCAACCUUCCCUUGCUCAUGAAUAAGGACAAAUUGCUCGAUCUUUUUGUACCUUAUGGGCAAGUCACUAGUGCAAAGGUAGCCAUGGAUUACACGACAGGAUUAAGUAAAGGAUAUGGCUUUGUGAAGUUCUCUGAUGCCCACGAUGCAGCACUUGCUGUUAUGCAGUUGAACGGACAUCUGAUUGAGGGGAGGAAGAUAGAGGUUCUAGUAUCUGGUAUGCCUCCUAGACCAUCAAGCUCACCUGUGGAAUCACAUGCUGAAAAUAGGACCCUCAGAGACAUUGACAUGUCUAAUCUAUAUGUCUGUAACAUCCCCUCAUCCAUGAGCACUGCCAAGUUGGUGGAGCUUUUCCUGCCAUUUGGUAAGAUCACCCAUGCGCGAGUGGCGGAACAAACCAAUAACUCAAGUAGAGGAUACGGAUUUGUCAAAUUUGCUGAUUCCCAUUGUGCUGCCGAGGCAAUUGCAUUGAUGAAUGGAGCACUGAUUGAAGGGGAAGCCAUCUUGGUCAGAGUUGCUGGUCUUUCUCCAUCAGAGUCCAGCUCAGUUUCGCAGCAUCCACGACACUUGGUAACAAAUAUCUCUCCAGAAAUCAAAAAGUGUAGACUUUACGUCACCAACCUUCCGCAGUCCAUUACUGCUGACAAGCUUGUUAGUCUUUUCAUACCCUUUGGUCAGAUUGACAGAGUGGUGAUGAAUGUGGAGUAUAGUCUUGUGAUAUAUGCAGAUACAAACUCAGCAACCAAGGCUGUAAAGCACAUGGAUGGGUAUCUGAUUGAAGGAAAGAGGCUAGUAGUCAAGGGAUCAGAGCCUUGUCCAGUCAAUGCAGUAGACUCUGGUUGUUCGCAGUCAGGUAGCAAGUUCGUAAAAGAAAUAGACAUGGCCAAUCUGUAUGUUGGCAGAGUUCCAUCAGCUGUGACCUGUGAUCAACUGGUGCAGCUUUUUUGCCCAUAUGGAGAAAUUGUUCAAGCUAAGAAGUUUGAUGAACCUGGGUAUGGCAUGAUUAGGUAUGCUAAUGCUUCUUCUGCUGCUGCUGCACUCCAACAUUUGGAUGGUUACCAGAUUGGAGGAAGCACCCUAGCUGUGAGAGUAGCCAGGCUUCCUGCAGAAUCUGAUGCAGCCACAAAUGUGCACAAACAAAUUGACAUGACUAACCUAUACGUGUGCCACCUCCCACCAUAUGUCACUACUGAGAAGCUGAUGGAACUUUUCCUGCCGUGUGGUCAAAUCACUCAAGCGAAAGUAGUUGUGGAUAAGUUCACUGGUGUCAGCAAGGGAUUUGGAUUUGUCAAAUUUGCCGAUGCUUACUCUGCUGCUGUUGCGAUUACUCACAUGAAUGGUUACCCAUUGGAGGGGCAUGUGUUGUCGGUUAGAAUUGCAGGUGUUCAGCCGAGUGAUAUGGUCAGCUACAUGGCACAUUUCUACUCCUACUUCACUUCCCCUGAUCCCUCGAGUAUGGCUGUUGGGAUCCCAACAUCACACUGGCCAUACUAUUAUGGUGAAUCCGCAUACACCCCAUACUAUUAUGGAUCCUCGUACAACACGCCAACCGUGUACCAGGGACAAGGCAGUGAAUCUGGAACUGCUGCUGAUCAAACAUCUCAGCCGGAAGGCCCGCCUGGAUCUGAACCGGUCCGUUCAUCUUCUGUGUCACACUCUGUUGCUUCUGAUCCUUCUCAGUUGGAAGGUUGGACGUGUCCACCUGGCAUUGAGCCCCAUGCUGUUGCGACGAAAGAUGCGCCUGUGUGGACUGGUCCACCUGGCUUUGAGCCUCCUGCUGUAGCCAAGAAAGAUGCAACUGUGUGGAGUGGUCCACCUGGCUUUGAGCCUCAUGCUAUUCCCAAGAAAGAUGCCCCUGUGAUGAAUCCUUCUCAAGCUUGCUCAAAGGUUCAUUUGGCACAUUCAGGUGGGAGCAAGAAAGGAGGUUCGGUUGUCUAACUUAACAAUCAUCUUCAUCAGGCUACCUGUAGUUUGAUAUAAAUUAGCAGGUUGCUCUUCAGAUAAAUGUGGUUUGCAGCACUUCAAUUAGACUACAGUUCUCCCUCAUGGAAGAAACUGUAUCCUAACCUUAGUAGCUUACUUAAGUACUUAGAUUAUGGUUGUUGGAAAACAAUGUUAGUGGAGUUUGGGGUUUUUACAGAGAAUGGCAUCUUUGCAUGGUUGCUUACUUGCUUAUGGUGCCAACUGCCAAGUGAUGACCAAUCGAGUUUAUAAUUUAGAUUCUUGAAUGAAGUUAAAUGUUA